GUCGAGAGCUCGUCCGGGCCGGCGCGCACACACCCAUGUUUAGCAGAUUUGAAACCAGCAAUCGUUGGUCCCAGAGUAGAACACAAGGACGAGUUCACCUGCAAAGGGGGUGUUGAUGCUGGAAGACUCGUCAAUCUAGCUCGUAAGGGUUUGUAUUCGACAGCAAAGGAGAUGGGCGGUAAUGUUCUCCUGGAAGAAAAAUGGGACUGCGAGAUUCGGCAUCCUAGAUACCAGCGCCGCGACCAAUUCAAGGUCACAAUUCAUUAUUCAGCCACGGUGGCUCGAUCAUGCUGGCCUGAUGCACAGAGACCUGUUGAAAUUGAAGCAGCCAAAGGUAUCAAGGGAUUAAUGACUGUUAUAGAUCGU